AUGCGCCUCAUCUUCGGCGUGUUGAUGCUCACAAGCCUGGCUUAUAGCCAGGAAACUUGCCAGACCGCUGAUGAAGACCCCUACCUACUCUUCGGCACCAAAACAGCUUACACCUUCGCUAACAAAGGCAUUCCGGUCAGAGCUCAUGAUAUACCGGGUUGUCAACCAAUCGCAAUUUGGUUGCUGAACCGCCACGGCUCCCACAAUCCAGAGGCUGAUGAAAUACCGGAUCUUCAGAAGCUAACAGAUCUUAAAAACAAUAUCAUAGCAAACUACAAGAAUGGAAAGUAUAGGAAUACUAAUAUCCGUAUGUGCACAUCGGAUGUAAAUCUCCUGGAGCGAUGGGAAUGGAAUCCUCGUCAGAACGUGACAUUCGCUGGGGAGCUCACCAGCGAUGGAUAUAUUUCUACACAGGAGCUAGCACAAGCUUGGAAACAACGAUUCCCUGGUCUACUGACUGAUAAUAGACAUGAUUAUUUGUUCAAAUUUGUGAACGACCAACGAUCGGAAACAACAUUCCGCGCUUUCACCGAAGGUCUGUUCAGGUCUCAGGCAGACAAUUACGAUAUACCGAAGGAAAGCGAUGAAAAGUUACUUAGGCCUUAUAAAUUCUGCCCGUCAUGGACCAAACAAGUCGAAGAAAAUAACGAUACUUUGUCACAGUUACGGACGUUCGAGUCGAAACAAGAAUUCAAAGAGAUGAUAACAAACAUAUCUCUUCGAAUGGGCUUCAACUAUGACGUACAACGGGAGGUGGUUCAACGAGCAUACGACAUGUGCCGAUACAACAAGGCCUGGAACGUAGCGCAAAUAUCACCCUGGUGUGCUGUUUUUUCUAAAGACGACCUGAAGCGUCUAGAAUAUGCUGAAGACCUGGAGACUUAUUACAAAUACGGCUACGGCUCAUAUCUGAAUCAACAGAUAGGAUGUACCGGCGUCAAAGAUAUGAUGGACUUCUUUAAAAUACACGUAGAACAUGAAACUCCCCAACAGCCGCGCGCGACGGUUCACUUCACUGAGGCCGCCAUGUUGUUUUUAUCGUUGACAUCUUUUGGCGCGAGACGUGACGCCGCGCCGCUCACAGGCGACAACUAUCACACGCCGACAGCCACCGCUCGUCACUGGACAUCGUCAAGUAUUUCACCGUUUAAUGCCAAUCUCGCCGCUAUACUUUACAAAUGCACACCAAAUAGCAAUUUCCAAAUAAACGACAAAUAUCAGGUGCUAUUCUUGGAGAACGAGAGACCUUUAUAUCUGGAGGGUUGUCGAGUCGGUCUGUGCGAAUGGAACCUCGUCAAGAAUCGCUUCGGUUUGAUCGCUGACAAUUGCAAUUUAAAUUUCUGCAACUCAGCAACUAAAACCAACAUCGGCUUCAGUUUAGCUGUAUUUAUGUUUAUAACCAAAUAUAUAUUCUAG